AUGGCCACCGAGACGGACAAUAAGGCAUACAUCGAAUCGUUUUGCGCAAACGUACAAAAUCCCGACCGCUCGGUACGGCAACGUGCUCUGAAACAGUUCGCCGAACAAUGGAUUUCCAGCGUACCAGACUCAGCUUGCGUCCCCGUAUUCGAUGACACAUAUCUGCAUCUGCUACGCUGUUACAGUGACCGGUUCGAGUCGAUCAGAACCAUGGCUGUUGAAGCGGUGAACGCAUUGCUGGAGAAACUGCCUGCAAACGGAUACUAUCUUGGAUACAUUGUUCCGGUGUUGGCCAAACGGAUCGGUCAGGCGGAGAUUGUCGAAGAGAGUGAGGAGCUGAGGUUACUGUUGCUGCAGCAGCUCGAAAGGCUAGUCGAAAAGUAUCGCGAUCCCGAGGGAGCCGACGGUGAUCCGUUACUGAAGGUGUUUGACGAAAUUGUGGACGUGCUGAUUAAAACUCUACGCGAUCCGUUUCCGGCGGCACAGAAGAAGAGCUGUGAGAUUGUGAUCGCUCUCUCGACGGCUACUCCUAGCUUGCACUAUCGAGCAGAGGCGCUGGUCGCCCCGGCCAAGUCGGUUCUGGCUCACCGUCACUCCGCCAAUCGGAUUGUGGCGAUCGAAAUGUUAGGCGUACUGUCGCUACACAUUCUCUCGAACGGGGAUCGUAUUUCGGAGAUUAUUAUGGCCGUUUCGCCGUUGCUGAUGGAUGAUGUACCAUUCGUGAGACGGGCGUGUGGCCGUGUCGGCUGUCUGACGCUCCAGAAGCUGCGCGAUCGAUACUCGUUCUUUCACCGUAUUCUACCGUUGGUCUUGAAUUGCUUGUCCGAUGGAACGCAAGAAGUUCGGGAUGACGUACACAGCCGUUGGAAGGAAGCUGGUGAGCUGUACUAUCGGGAAAACGAGACCGAACUCUCGAAGGUUGCUUUGCUAGAACAACUUCCCACAGCGUAUCCCGUCGAACGGUACACUCGCCCGACGCUGGGUUGCCGUGCCAUAGUGCAGCGCAGUUUACGGGUGGUCAAUCUGGUGCUGCAUGAAAUGGAAGAAUGGAAGGAAAACAUUAGACUACACGCGACGAAGCUUCUGAAGCAGAUCGUACUGCACGCCGAACGUUCCUUUUCGACACUGUUCGCCGAGGUAAAUCCCGUGCUGGCGAAGACCUGUAUGGACGCAGAACAAUCGAUUGUGUCAGAGGCAUUGAGUGUUUGCGAGCUGCUGGGCGUGCUGCUGGAGUACGAAACGUGGAGCAAACAUGUGCUGGUCCACUUCCGGAAGUUUCCAACAGUCGGACAGUUGCGCUGCAUGCGCACAAUGUAUGCUCACUGCCAGCACGGUGAGCAGAAGCGAGCGGACAUCAAACAGUUCGUGGCCCUGCUACUCGACGUAGACGUUUGUCACAACCUAAACGAAGAGUAUCAGUUCGAGUUGCUCGAGUUUUGUAGCGUUCUCGUAGCGGACAGCAGUGGACGGGAGCUGCCGGCGAUGCUGGAAGAAAUUUCGGUCGGCGAAGGAGAUAACGCUGGAGAACAAUCGCUCGAACGGAUGCUGUACACCGUGGUGCUUAAGGUGGUGGCCUUUUGUUACGAUUCGAAGUACACGCUCCGUGCGAAAGGCUUUAGCGUGUUACGUCAGCUCGAUUCGGAUGUGGACAUGCUCCACGAAUAUCAUCUGUCCAGUGUGUUGGAAAGGAUUGAACACCUGGAAAGUGAAAACUCUGACGCCAGUGUCAGUCUUUUGCUCCUUUGUGGCAUUGUUUCGACGUGUGGGUUUCAGGAAACAUAUUUCGAAACGAUGCAGGCCACCCUGGACAAAGCGAUAAGGCAUGCGGCCCCCGAGGGAAAGGUUAAACUAUUUAGUGCCAUCUCCGUUGCUAUGCUUGGGUGGUCCGAACGAAACUCUCAAACCACAGACGUCCAGCUGUCCCUGCUGAAACCGUUCAUUGACGUGGUCAUUACACCGUACCUUGUGUGGACUGUGGGAAGAAGUGCAGAAUCGAUACGAACAAUGGCUACCGCAUGUUUCGCUUCGAUGGCUCAGGGUGUGAACGCUGAAGUGUAUGCAUCGCUGCUUCCUGCCUAUCUGAACCUUUUGGCCGGGCUGAUCGACGAUAACAGCAUUGCGACGCGGGCCUACACCCUAAGGGCCUUGGUACGUCUGGAACCGUUGGAUUUCGAGUCCCUCAAGCUUUUGGCGUUUCCCAUCAUGUCUCGAUUGGACGAUCCGAGCGGCGAGGUACGUGAACUGGCAGCCACCUGUCUUGGGUCGUUGCGGUUUGCACGGGCGACGCCGGAAGACCACGCAACCUAUGCACGCUGGCAGGAGAUAUUGAAGCAGAUCCUGACGGUGAUGUUGCUGCACCUGGAGCACCCGGAAAUCAAAUUGCGGACGGCCAUUUCCGUCUCGUUGAGGCGGCUAUAUGCCGACAACCGGGAGCUAAUCAAGCGCUUGGCUAAUGAAGCACCGUCGGGAUGCUCGUACAAGAUGGAUCUCGACCGGAUCGCGGCGGACGAACAGUAG